AUGCCACUUACCUACACGCCGAGGGACCGCGACUAUAUCCCUCCACCAGACACACCACGCCGAGCAUGGAAUCGGCCGCUAGACCUUCCACCGGAAGAUGCGACCCUUGGUCUCUGCGCCCGGCACCGUCUCAUGGACCUCAGACUCGCCGAUUUUGGACCUCGGCCAUUUACCCAGCAACUUCCUCCAGAAUGGCAUCUCGGGACCUAUGAUGAGGUAGCGGCACGGCGAUCGUGGUGCAAGUUGUGUCAGCUGAUUGCUGAAGUUUGCAAAGAUAUCGCUUGGACAGAUCAGGCUGAUAUAGUCAUGAGCUGGGUCGGAGACGUGCGGUGGAAGAAGAAAGCUUCGCCCAAUCAUGACCUGUCUGACGGAGUAGGGGGCAUGGAGACGUGGGAAACAUUGAGGCUCACGGUUCGGUCGAUUAUGAUCGGAAGAGCGCCGGCAUUUACACCUUUCGACCUCGUGCCGAUUGGCAAAAAGGGGGAACUAUUCCAAGGGAGACUUCUCAACCAAGGUCAGAUCGAUGUAGAUCUUGUCAGGACCUGGCUGAAAUCUUGCAGGGAAUGGCAUGGAGCGGAGUGCUCCCACUGGAUGAGACAGCAGAGUGCAUUACCCACAUUCUACCCAUUUAUCCGACUCAUUGACCUCGAGGAGAACUGCUUGGUCGAAAGAAACGAUCUUGUACCGUACGUGGCACUGAGCUACGUCUGGGGUCGGGUGAAAGUCUUCAAGACCUGUGAAAAAGAUAUCGACGCGCUGAGACUUCCUGGUGGGAUAGAGAAAAAGAAGUCAUUGUUUCCGCGCUCAAUAAGGGACGCAAUGACGCUGGCGCAAAGAAGUGGAUAUCGUUACAUCUGGAUCGACUCCAUCUGCAUCAUCCAGGACGAUGACACCGACACCUACAAGAACCUUGAUAAGAGGCACCAAAUAGGGCAGAUGGGAAAGAUCUACCAAUACGCGGACCUUACCGUAGUGGCUGCCAGUGCAGAGGAUGCGAACGCUGGUCUGCCUGGGGUAGAGGCUGGGACGCGGGAAGCCCGACAGAAAGAAGUCAAGAUCUCAGAAGACCUUGGCAUCGUGAAUCGCUCUGUUGCCUGGCCGGAUGCGCUGCUUAAAACAACAUGGGAAGAGAGAGGAUGGACGUACCAGGAGCGUAUUCUGUCCCUGCGCUACAUGUACUUUGUCGAUGACACGGUACACUUCCAGUGUCAACGAGCCACUUGGAGUGAAGACUUUGCGGCCGAGUGUCGGGACCUGGACUUGACCGCCGCUGACCAAGUGGUAAACUUCAGUAUUGUCCCGAGUGAAGUUCCUCCCACGGUUGAGUUGCGUCCUAAUUUGAAGUUCCAGCUCAAGCGAUAUCCCGAGCUGGUAGGGCAAUACACAUGUCGCAAUAUGACAUUCAUAACCGACCGUGUGAAUGGAAUCCAGGGUAUCUUGAACGUGAUCAAAGAUCAUUUCUUUUCUCAGAAUGUCGAGUUUGUGCACGGGAUGCCCACAGGUGAGCUUCUGCAUCCGGGGCUUCUCUGGCGACCACGACGAGAGCCGAAGAGAAUUCAUGUGGAUGAGAGGAAAGCGAGACCCUUGUGGCCAAGUUGGGCAUGGGCCGGGUGGAUAAUACCAGUCUACUACGACUCUGGUGCUGACUUUUCGGCCAACAGCAGUGGUCGAUAUCAGACACAAAUCAGCCUUGGCCCAGAUCCCUACUUUUUACACCUGAAGGCUCGCGUCGCCCGAUUCAGACUCAUGAUUGAGGACCGAGGUAAUGAGGAUGCGGUCCCCCCACUACCUCGGGUCCGGCCAACACGGUUGACGCGGUAUGCCAUCACACAUGUGACGAAUCCUGAGGGAGGUGAUCACGAGUGGAUUGGAUCAAUAUGGUUGUCAUGGUCCCACCGGAAAAAGUUUGUUGAACGUCGGUUGAGUCUUAUUUCAAAGGUUACACACGAGUUCAUUCUUCUUUCGGACGCAGACAAGUUCGAGCAAGAGGAACUGGUGCAAGCGGCAACAGCCGAGAAGAGAGCCGUGGUCAACGUCAUGAUGAUGGAACGGAAGGAUGAUCCAGGGACAGAUGGUCGGGUUCGCAUUGAGCGUGCGGGUGUGGGUCGAAUGUACAGAGAUGCCUGGGAUCGAGUUGAAGAGAAGUGGGAGAGGUUUGAGUUGGGAUGA